ACCUAGGUUCCUGCCUGGAGGUUUUGGUGACCCCCUGCUACUAGACACGGAAUCCUGUUAAGCGAAAGCUUCUUCUAUUCCGUCCACAACCAUUUGAACCAUUCGAACUAUUUGAACUACAUUUUUGACUCUUGCGUUACAUCUCAGAAAUGAAACAACUGUAUAAUUACAUAGCGUCAGCAGAUGAUAAAUACCCUUUGUUUCGGACGAAGAUGGCUUUUAUGGGCGGUUACUGUGUUAGUUUUAUUGCUUGUGUGCUCGAAUAUGGCAGAGCGCAUAGACUAGGUUCGAGCCUAAAUAGUACGGGACUACAGUGUAUUAAAUACGUGCUCACUGGAACGUCUGCUGCAGUAUGUCACUCGUCUGUUUCCUUUAUAUCAGCAAAAGCUACAGGCCGAUCAGAUAGCUGGGUGAAUCAUGCACUUGGGGGAGCUGCUAGUGGUUUAGUCUGCACAUGGCAAUGUUCUAUGAAGGUACGUGCUACUACAUGCGUCGGAUUCGCAUUAAUGUCAGCUUUGGGUAAAUAUAAUGUGGAGUUCAGACAACGGUAUCCUGACUGGCAUAUUCCAGUAAUCGGAGAGUACACUCCAUCACCAUAUGUAUCUCUUAAUCACCGAUGGAUGUAUAAAGGUGCCAAACAACAAGAAGAAGAGCUGGAAAAACAUGUAUAAUAAUCUAGCACUUUUAAAUUUGUGACCAUAUGUUUACUUCCGAUUUCUGCAAAUUAGUUAAUAAAUAAUAGACUGUGCUUUAUGUCUUUUGAUUCUUUUUUGUGUGAUCAUACAAGUGUUACCGAUUCUAUCUACUAUUUUUUUAUUUUAUGACUUGUUUUAGUCUGCCAUUUGCGUAUUGGUAAUUAAAAAGCAAGAUAAUAUUUUAUGACACAAAGCCGCCCAUAUUUUAACUAUGAUAUACAUCCAGGAAGAUAUACUUGCAUUUCGACAUUUCGUCGAACUCCUCUCUCAGCAGAGGAAUAUCUCGAUGUUAUUGCUGGUGAUAUUCUAGUGGUUGAAUGUCGACCACAAAAUGCUACGGCACCGACCUCUUUUUUAUAUGGACUUAAUGAAACAACAAAACAUAAAGGAUAUUUUCCGGCAUAUUGUAUAGAUAUACGUGAAUUCGGAUCACUUCAACUAAGAAGCAAAAGCACCGAUCGAAUUGCUUCUUCCCACAUUUUUCCAAAUUCACAGCUUAUAAAAGCUACAAAUGUUGAUCCACAAAGCUUACUACAACCAGUUAUACCUCCAAGGUGUAAACGUCUACUCAAUGUAUCUUCCUCAUCCUCGUUACUCAGUAUACCACUUAAUUCAUAUUCUCAUUCAUGUACAAAUUUGUCGAUUCCUUCCCAAGAUACUUUACCUCAUGAAGUUCAAAAGUGUAAUGUAUCCGUACCAACCUUAUCCUACCGUUGUCAUCAAUUUGUUAAUGUUUCUAUCAGUUAUCCGCUAAUAUGUAAUCUAUGUAAUGAUUAUAUAGUGACACCACGGUGUAAUGCUAAUAGAUGCUUUGCUUGCAAGUCUGUAUUUCAUCUUGUUUGUGCUGAAUACUCUAAAAGAUUUGAAGUAUUCACGUGUCAGCCUCCAGUAAAUGACAAUUCGACAAUUAAAUCAGAGAAAUUGACUUGUUCAUCAACAUGUAAUGCUUUCUCAUUGUUAUCGUCUUCUAUUUCCACCACUGAACAGCCACUGGCUUCUUGGAAUUGUAAUCAAGUAGCCCAUUGGUUAGCUGUUGUUGGCCUUGGUCGAUUUGUUCGAUUAUUCAUCAAAUUGAAUUUAGAUGGUAAUUUCCUUUCAGAAGUUACUUAUGAUUCACCUCAUUUGUGUAGAGUAGCUGACCCAUUUGCUCGUGAAACAUUAGAAAGAGCAAUAUUGACUUUACAAGGUAAAGAACCUACUCCUGGAGAAAAUCUGGACAUAUUCGCGAAUUUGGAUAUCGAUAGAAAAUUUCCAGGAAAAAGUAGCGAUUCUCGGCAGCACGAUUUCCAGCUCACCUCUUUUUACAGAAUAGUCUCCUGUAUAGUGUGCAAUAUUCCUUUAUUAGGCUUCAGUCAUCAGGGAUUCCAGUGUAAAAAGUGUGGAGCUAUUUGUCAUCGUAUCUGUAAAGCUUUAGAGUAUUUUUCAAAUUGUCCUGGAGUAUUUUGUGCGACUAAAGAAUUUAAUCCCGAAAAGCCGGGCGCUGGCUGUGAAACGAAUGAAAUUCCCACUUCAUUGGUUCCGUAUGUUAGUGAAUACUUUGGUGUUAAAUUGGAAGAACAAAAAUUAGAUUCUAAUUCAAAAGUCCCUGUAUUCUUAACUACAUGUACUGAACAAAUAGAAAAACUAGCUUCUGAAAGUUUUAUUACUGCCAGUAAUAAUCCGUGUAUUCAACCUGUUGACUUGGCUAUGGUUUAUCAACAGUCAGCUUUAACGCAUACUCUACAAGAACUUCAUGAUACAUUUGCUCAUUGUUUACCAUUACCUGGUAUAGAACAGUCAUCUACCCAUCCGUUGGACAUUGUACGUUUUGCCCAAUUAAUGAAAGCUUUUCUUCGUGAUUUACCAGUGAAUGUGAUACCUGAAGAGUACUAUUUAGAUUUUUGCAGUUUAGCAAAUAUAGGAAAUAUAGAUGAAAAGGAAAAAGCUGUUCAUGCAUUUCUUCAAAGUUUUCCUGAACUUCAUCGGUUGUGUUUGAUUCAUAUUUUUAACCAUUUAGUCUUCGUGCUGAAUCAUCAAAAUAAGUUAAGGUCUUAUUUGUCAGAUUCAUCGUCUGUCAAUCUGAACCGGUCGAAUUCAUUUUCCAGUAUAAAUGUAUUGAAUAAAGCUACUCCUUGGUUGAUGGUUUUUCGACAAAUCCUUGUUCGACCACCAUGGCAUCUUAUCACCGACAUAGCUAUGGGUAUGGAUACACAUAUGCGUGCUUUAGAGGCUCUCUUUUCAUCUUUUGUUGAUCUUUCCACUGAGGAAUCAGAAUGUACAUCCCAAACUAAAAAUUCCGAAGCACAAUCUGAUGUAUCAGAUUCAAAUCUUCAGAGAAAUUAUGUAUCUUUUUCGCAAUUUGAACGUAUUUCCAGAUAUCAGGGUGAAAAACAUACAUCUUCAGAAUCCGUCUCACUAUAUCCUACUAAUGAAGUUGCACCAACUAUUAAUACUCCACCUAGUCCUACUUCAAUUGCUGCUAAUAAAAAAGAUUUAAAGAAUCAAGAAUGGUAUUGGGGUGAUAUAACUCAAGAAGUGGUACGUGAACUGAUGACAGAUCUUCAAGAUGGAUAUUUCCUUGUUCGUGAUGCUUCUGGGAGUUCAUCUGCUGCAUUCACUUUGGUAGUCAGAUGGCGUGGUUUAAAUAAGUUGAAUCGAAUCUAUCAUCGUGGUGAUUAUUUCGGGUUCACUGAUCCCCCAUAUCCAAGUUGUCGUUUAGUUUCUGAACUUGUUGAAUUUUGUCGUGUUCAUCCACUAACUUUGACUAGUUGUAGCAAUCUACGAUUAAUUUGGCCUGUAUCGCGUCGUCAUAAACGUUUUCAUGGCAAAACUGAUAUCUCAUUCGAUAAUACUGUAUCUAAUGAGAAUAGGAGCGAUGCAGAUGGAGUGUUUGCCUGCUUCCUAACUGAGUCACAAUUGAACAGUGAAUUGAAAAGUAAAGCUGCUGAAAUUAAUCAGUUGGAUAAAGUUAUUACUGAUUUACAGUUACAGUCAAAAAAUGCAAUUGAUUUGAAAGAGGAAGGUGUUCGUCUUAUAAAGGGUUAUCAAAAGAUACGUAAUUGGUUACAAACCUCAUUGAGUCAGUUAGAUGAUUAUUCAUAUCCUAGUGAAAAGUUAAAGAUCUCACCUCAAAUUGAAACACUAAAAAGAGAAAUAGAUGAAAUUGAAAGACAAAUCAAAAUUAACAAGGAAGAGGUUAAUAAUCAAUCCAAAUUAGCUCGAAUAAUAUGUGAAAAUUAUGCUAAUGCAAUUUUUCGUCAGCGUAAAGUAAGAAGACAGGCCCACGAGAUUCGACGAGCAUUAAAAGAUCGAGGAUUUAAAGAAGAGUCUUUAUCUUCUUCGAGUUCUUCAUUAUGUGAUGAUUCCAUUUCUUCAGCGAAACAGUCAAUCGAUAACCAGAGUAAUAUUGUACCGGGAAAUUCUAUAAGUUCUCAUGAUGAUAUUUAUUUACCGGAGGAGAUACGUGAUCGUCGAUAUUGGUUCCUCACAGAUGCUACUAGAGAAAAGGUAGAGGAGUUAUUGAGGGAUAGACCUGCUGGGACUUUUGUUGUCAGACCUUCUGCUACUAGUGAUAAAUUGGCGUUGGGUAUACGGUUAGCAACAUCUGUUCAACAUUGUUUAAUUCAUUGUGUAAAUGGAAAAUAUGGAUUUGUUGAAAAUUCUUGUACAUUUGAAUCAUUGGAAGCUUUGAUCUGUUACUAUCAUGUGGAGAAUUUAAAGCGAUACAAUAAUCUACUCAACAUAACUUUAAAGUAUCCAAUUAAGUUGCAAUUGGAUGACUGAACACAUAAUAGGGAAAGAGAUUAUGUGAUGUAUUUGUUUUAUUUCAUGAUCCUUUUUUGUUAACUCCUGUUUAUAUUGUGUGUGUAUGUGUUUGUUCAUUAUUUUGUAUUCAUUCAUAAGAAUACAGAUAACUUUCGUCUUUUAUUGUUUACAUUUUUCUAAUAACGUAUCUUUCUUUUAUCAGUAAUCAACAAUUACUAUGUGGAAUUAUCAAUUCCAACCUUAGCAUUGAUAAUCGCCAUGUGCCUUAAUAUCUAUUGUUUGUUCAUUUUUCGGGAUUCAAAUUUUUUUUAUUUUAUUAUUAUUACAAUAUUUUUAUGUUGGCGAAAAAAUACCAUUCAGAAAUCGUACUCCAGUUUUCUCCUCCCCUUUCGUUUCUCUGUUACUCUCAUUAUAUUUCCAGAAUUAUUUCUUCAUAAUAAAUCCCUUCUUUUUGUAGGUAAAAACAGAUCCUGAUUGUGUUUAUUGAAUACUUCGCUACAUAACUGAAUAGAAAACAGGUAUUAUUAUUAUUCAUGUUGUUAGAAUACAAUUUGUUUUUCAGUCUUCUUUUACCUCUCCAUUUUCUCAUCCUUUCUUGAUCUCAUCAUCAAGACGAAAGAAACAUGAAAAACAAAAAAAUAUUUUGGUGUAUACAAUUGAUUAAUGAUUAUUUCACUACACUGACAUUUUCUCUACCUGUGAUUUACUACUUUACACCUUGCUGUUACUUAUAUACUUCCUUUUAAAACUUUACAAAAAUUAUUUUACAGUCCGCUAAUAGUUUAUUAUUAUUUUGUUUUUCGCUUCAAUCUUUUUUUAUCUUCAGAUCUAAGCUUAUUAUUAUUAUUAUUAUUAUUAUUAUUAUUAUUAGUUUGUGUUAUUAUAAUUGUUGUAUCUUUACCACUUUAGAAUAAAGUUAACCAUACGAGCUUUCAUCUAAUUAGAAAAACCCUGUUCAUUAAUCUUUAUAGAGGAAUGUUCCCUUUCGUGGAUUGGUUUUUUGUUGUUGUGUAAGUAUUUCUUAUUUCCUUCGAUAUUAAAUUUCUCAGUUGUAUCAGCCAUUUUCAUCGAUCUCUAGAAAUUGACAGAUUCGCAUAGAUACAUCAUUAGUUUUGCUCAGUUUUGAAACUUUAUUAGUUUUUUGAACUGCAAUUUAAAUCAACUUUAUUAUUGCCUUGUCUUACCUUAUUGUUCCCAUGAAUUGGAAAUGUUGACCUGAAAUUUUGUUCAAUUAAAUUCUCUUCAUAGUGAAUUCAAGAGCCUUUUAUAUACACUUAGCCUAAAGGUCAUUGCUUAUGUGAUCGAAUCCAAGAUUGUUUUGAUAUGAGUUAAGCUAGAGGUUUGAUAAGUUUCUAUAAUUAAAUAGCAAUUAUUUGGAAUAAGGCACUAGAAACUUUAAAUUCUGACUGGAAAGAACUCAGUAAUUUUAAAUAUCUAAACGAAUAUAGAGUAUGCUAUUAUCUUGAUGCGAAUCUGAGUACAUUUAUAAUGCCACGUUUAUGGUAGAGUACAAUGUGCUUUGUAGCUUAAAGGCUAGCUGAUUUUCACUCAAACGUCUAUUCGAAUUACUGAACAUUCUGUCGAAGGAGGCGAUUUAUUUCGCAUCAGCCAUACUUAGAUAG